AUGGCGGACGUGACCGCCCGUAGCCUGCAGUACGAGUACAAGGCGGAGGGGGACGAGGACAUCUACGGCGAGGUGCGGGACGAGGCCUCCGACGAUGACCUGGAGGGGGACGAGGCCGUGGUGCGCUGCACCCUGUCAGCCAACGUGAGUGAUGGAGGGGGUCCAUGGGGAAUGGGGGGUCCAUGGACGGCCAGCGAUGACCGCGAGUGUGAGAACCAGCUCGUGCUGCUGCUGGGCUUCAACACCUUCGACUUCAUCAAGGUCCUGCGGCAGCACCGCAUGAUGAGUGAGUGGGGGGCGCCACAGCCUUUGCUGCCUUUGAUGGGGGCUCACUCCUGGUUGAUCCCUGAAGGAGCUGAGGGGACAGGGGCUCUGUGGAUGAGGCUGAGCCUUUCCCCAGGGUUUCAAUCCCAAUUUUUUCCCCAGGAGGAGCGUUCCCGGCGGGAGCGCGUGCGCCAGUCCCGCAUGGACACUGACCUGGAGUCGCUGGACCUGGAGCAGGGGGCCGAGGCCCUGGCUCCCCGGCAGGUGCUGGAUUUGGAGGAUCUGGUCUUUGCCCAGGGCAGUCACUUCAUGGCCAACAAGCGCUGCCAGCUCCCGGACGGCUCCUUCCGCCGCCAGCGCAAGGGCUACGAGGAGGUUCACGUGCCCGCCCUCAAACCCAAACCCUUCGGGGCUGACGAGCAAUUGGUGUCCGUGGAGAAGCUGCCCAAGUACGCCCAGGCCGGCUUCGAGGGCUUCAAAACCCUCAACAGGAUCCAGAGCAAACUGCAGCGGGCGGCGCUGGAGAGCGACGAGAACCUGCUGCUCUGUGCCCCCACGCGUUUGGCCACGUACGGGAUCACGGUGGCCGAGCUGACCGGGGACCACCAGCUGUGCAAGGAGGAGAUCAGCGCCACGCAGAUCAUCGUGUGCACGCCCGAGAAAUGGGACAUCAUCACCCGCAAGGGCGGCGAGCGCACCUACACCCAGCUCGUGCGCCUCAUCAUCCUGGACGAGAUCCAUCUCCUGCACGACGACCGCGGGCCCGUGCUGGAGUCGCUGGUGGCCAGGGCCAUCCGCAACAUCGAGAUGACGCAGGAGGACGUGCGGCUCGUGGGGCUCAGCGCCACCCUGCCCAACUACGAGGACGUGGCCACCUUCCUGCGCGUGGACCCCGCCAAGGGGCUCUUCUACUUCGACAACAGUUUCCGGCCGGUGCCCCUGGAGCAGACGUACGUGGGGAUCACGGAGAAGAAAGCGAUCAAACGCUUCGUGCUGGUGUUCGUGCACUCGCGGAAGGAGACGGGGAAGACGGCGCGGGCCAUGCGGGACCUGUGCCUGGAGAAAGACACGCUGGGGCUGUUCCUGAGAGAGGGAUCCGCCUCCACUGAGGUGCUCAGGACUGAGGCCGAGCAGUGCAAGAACCUGGAGCUGAAGGAUCUCCUGCCCUACGGCUUCGCCAUCCACCACGCGGGGAUGACGCGCGUGGACCGGACGCUGGUGGAGGAUCUGUUCGCUGACAAACACAUCCAGGUGCUGGUGUCCACGGCCACGCUGGCGUGGGGAGUGAACCUGCCGGCGCACACGGUGAUCAUCAAGGGCACGCAGGUGUACAGCCCCGAGAAGGGGCGCUGGACCGAGCUGGGGGCGCUGGACAUCCUGCAGAUGCUGGGCCGUGCCGGGAGGCCGCAGUACGACACGAAGGGAGAGGGAAUUCUGAUCACUUCCCACGGGGAGCUGCAGUAUUACCUGUCCCUGCUCAACCAGCAGCUGCCCAUCGAGAGCCAGAUGGUGGCCAAGCUGCCGGACAUGCUCAACGCCGAGGCCGUGCUGGGCAACGUCCAGAACGCCAAGGACGCCGUGAACUGGCUGGGCUACACGUACCUGUACAUCCGCAUGCUGCGCUCGCCCGCGCUCUACGGCAUCGGCCACGACGACCUGAAGGCCGACCCCCUCCUGGAGCAGCGGCGCCUCGACCUCGUGCACACGGCCGCCCUCAUGCUCGACAAGAACAACCUGGUCAAGUACGACAAGAAAACCGGCAACUUCCAGGUGACGGAGCUGGGCCGCAUCGCCAGCCAUUACUACAUCACCAACGAGACGGUGCAGACGUACAACCAGCUGCUGAAACCCACCCUGAGCGAGAUCGAGCUCUUCCGCGUCUUCUCCCUGUCCUCCGAGUUCCGCAACAUCACCGUGCGCGAGGAGGAGAAGCUGGAGCUGCAGAAGCUUCUGGAACGAGUCCCCAUCCCAGUGAAGGAGAGCAUCGAGGAGCCCAGUGCCAAGAUCAAUGUCCUGCUCCAGGCCUUCAUCUCCCAGCUGAAGCUGGAGGGAUUCGCCCUCAUGGCUGACAUGGUCUACGUCACCCAGUCGGCCGGGAGGCUGAUGAGAGCCAUCUUUGAGAUCGUCCUGAACCGCGGCUGGGCCCAGCUCACCGACAAGACCCUCAACCUCUGCAAGAUGAUCGACAAGCGCAUGUGGCAGUCCAUGUGUCCCCUGCGCCAGUUCAAGAAGCUGCCCGAGGAGGUGGUGAAGAAGAUCGAGAAGAAGAAUUUCCCCUUCGAGCGCCUCUACGACCUCAACCACAACGAGAUCGGGGAGCUCAUCCGCAUGCCCAAGAUGGGCAAGACCAUCCACAAGUACGUGCACCUGUUCCCCAAGCUGGAGCUGUCCGUGCACCUGCAGCCCAUCACGCGCUCCACGCUCAAGGUGGAGCUCACCAUCGCACCCGACUUCCAGUGGGACGAGAAGGUUUUCAUGGAUUGGUACGAGAAGUUCCAGGAGCGCCUCAACAAGAAGGUGGUGCUGCUCACAGGGGAGACCAGCACGGACCUGAAGCUGCUGGGAAAGGGGAACAUCAUCAUCAGCACCCCAGAGAAGUGGGACAUCCUGUCCCGGCGCUGGAAACAGCGCAAGAACGUCCAGAACGUCAACCUGUUCAUCGUGGAUGAAGUGCACCUGAUCGGGGGAGAGAACGGGCCUGUGCUGGAGGUGAUUUGCUCGUGGAUCCCACUCCUGAUCCUCGUGUCAUUUCUGUCUCUCAGGAAGCUCAGCAGGGUUUCCAUGGGAUCCCAAUCCCAUUUCCCCACAGCCCAUGCUGGAGUGAAUUUUCCAGUGUUUCCCAGCAGUUUGGCAGGGAAUCCUUUGGGAUUCAGCAGGAUUUGGGAUUUUUGGCAGGGUUUCAACAUCAGCCACACGCAGACGAGGCUGCUGUCCAUGGCCAAGCCCGUGUACCACGCCAUCAUGAAACACUCUCCAAAAAAACCCGUCCUGGUGUUCGUCCCGUCCCGGAAACAGACGCGGCUCACGGCCAUCAACAUCCUGACCACCUGCGCCUCCGACGUGCAGCGCCACAGGUUCCUGCACUGUGCUGAGAAGGACCUGGUGCCGUACCUGGAGAAGCUGAGCGACCCCACCCUGAAGGAGACGCUGGUGAACGGGGUCGGGUACCUGCACGAGGGGCUCACGGCCAUGGAGCGGCGCGUGGUGGAACAGCUCUUCAGCUCCGGAGCUGUCCAGGUGAUGGUGGCCUCACGCAGCCUCUGCUGGGGCAUGAACAUCUCAGCUCACCUGGUGAUCAUCAUGGACACGCAGUACUACAACGGCAAGAUCCACGCGUACGUGGAUUACCCCAUCUAUGACGUGCUGCAGAUGGUCGGCCACGCCAACCGCCCCCUGCAGGACGACGAGGGGCGCUGUGUCAUCAUGUGCCAGGGCUCCAAGAAGGAUUUCUUCAAGAAGUUCCUGUACGAGCCGCUGCCGGUGGAGUCCCACCUGGACCACUGCAUGCACGACCACUUCAACGCCGAGAUCGUCACCAAGACCAUUGAGAACAAGCAGGACGCCGUGGACUACCUGACCUGGACCUUCCUGUACCGCAGGAUGACCCAGAACCCCAACUACUACAACCUGCAAGGUGUGUCUCACCGUCACCUGUCGGAUCACCUGUCGGAGCUGAAAAUCCUUGGUUUUGGGUUUACUCCCCAAAUUCCUGAUUUUUGUGUAUUUCUCCCCCAAAUGCCCAUUUUUCCAUGUUUUCCCCCAGAACUGUUCAGCAUGUCUCUCAAUGCCAAGACCAAGGUGCGGGGGCUGCUCGAGAUCAUCUCCAACGCGGCCGAGUACGAGAACAUCCCCAUCCGGCACCACGAGGACAACCUGCUCAGACAGCUGUCCCAGAAGGUUCCCCACAAACUGACCAACCCCAAAUUCAACGACCCCCACGUCAAGACCAACCUGCUGCUGCAGGCCCACCUGUCCCGCAUGCAGCUGAGCGCUGAGCUGCAGUCAGACACCGAGGAGAUCCUCAGCAAGGCCAUCCGGCUGAUCCAGGCCUGUGUGGAUGUGCUGUCCAGCAAUGGGUGGCUCAGCCCAGCUCUGGCUGCCAUGGAGCUGGCCCAGAUGGUCACUCAGGCCAUGUGGUCCAAGGACUCGUACCUGAAGCAGCUGCCCCACUUCACCUCCGAGCACAUCAAACGCUGCACGGACAAGGUACGGCCUGGGGACACUGGUGGUCCCGUGGUGGUGCUGGUGCAGCUGGAGCGGGAGGAGGAGGUCACGGGGCCAGUGAUCGCCCCCCUGUUCCCACAGCUCAUCUCCAUCAAACGCCUGACACUGCAGCAGAAGGCCAAGGUGAAGCUGGAUUUCGUGGCCCCAGCAGCGGGCACCCAGCACUACACCCUGUUCUUCAUGAGCGACGCCUACAUGGGCUGUGACCAGGAGUACAAAUUCAGUGUGGACGUCAAGGAGGCCGAGAGUGACUCUGACUCUGACUGAGACACAGCCCACUGAAUCCCACUGAAUCCCAGAGAAUCCCAGCAAAAAACCAAAAAAACCCAUAAAAAUCCCAGCAAAA